UAUUCAUCCGCGAAGGCAAUAGGAAAAAGAAGAAGAGCAGAGAAAUGGCAGCAGAGGAGGGACUAGUGCUAGGCGUCCACACAGUUGAUGCAUGGAACGAGCAACUCCAAAAAGGCAUUGAUACCAAAAAACUGAUAGUUGUGGACUUCACUGCUUCUUGGUGUGGUCCCUGUAAGUUCAUUGCCCCAUUCCUUUCAGAGUUGGCCAAGAAGAUACCCACUGUUACCUUCCUGAAAGUGGAUGUCGACGAAUUGAAGUCGGUAGCUACUGAUUGGGCUGUGGAGGCAAUGCCAACCUUCAUGUUCAUCAAGGAGGGGAAGAUUGUUGAUAAGGUGGUCGGAGCCAAAAAAGAUGAACUGCAGCAGACCAUUGCCAAGCACAUCAGUUGUACCUCCUCAUCAGCCUAAUGUGCUUACUCAAUAUAAUAUAUUUGCGCUUGGUCUAGUAACAUCUAUCUUAAUAUGAGCAAGAACUAAUUUAUUUGUCUGUUGAAUAUUCCAAGUUCUUACUAUUAAGUCAAUAUUAAUCUGUAGUUUGAACUGUUCCUUAUCCAAUCAAAAGUGAUUUCUUGUCUCGAA